ACUAAAUAUAUGACAUGAGAAGUUUAUUACAAAGUGAACUUUUACAUUCUGUUAUUUCAAGUUUAUUUGAUUUCAGAAGAGUUGAUAUGUGCAUGGCUUCUAUUUCCUUGCCAAACCCACAUUUCUGCUACGGUAGAGCACAGCCCAAGUACCAAUUUAGGGAAGAGAGAAGAAAGGUUUUUGAACAGGUAUGCCUGCUCAAAGCGAAGAACAAUAUUUCUGAAGAAGAAGAGAAUGGAUAUGCUAGAUUACCUCUAUACCUCGCAGUAUCAAAUGAGGGGCAUUGUUGCCGAGGUCGUGCCUGUGAUCAAAACAAAGAAAGGUAUACCCAUGAUGGAAGCAAAAAGGGUCAAAAACAAAUCCAGACGGGAGUGACUGAGAUAGCUCACCAGUAAGUUUCUUUGGGACCCCUUCUCUGAUCACUCUGUCUUUCAGUCUCUCUUCUUAUAAACAAUCAUUUCCACACACAUUGAAAAUUAUCAUCUUCCAGCUUUCUCUCGUUUGUCACCACUCAGUUCUUAGUAGGUUAUAAACAUGAAAGCCUGGAAAUGAGAACAGAGAUAAAUAGUAAACCAAAGAAAAAAAUGGGGUAUGAAAAAGAAAGAUAUGCUGCCCUUAUCAUCUUUUUAGAUCCACAAGCUAACUAGUAAGACAGGCUAUUUAGAUGUAAAGAACUGUGCAAAGUUCCUCGAGAUCUGAUUCCUGUUCUUUUUUUGAUGCUAUAAAUGGUUGAAGUCAAUAAAAUAGGUCGGUGUUCUUAAAAGAACAAAGGAAAAACAAUAUGGUUCACAUGUCAUGGAAUCAACAGCAAUAAAGGGUUGCUCUUAAGGAAUCUAAGGUUAUUUUGAUCUAAGACGCCAUGGAUUUUCUUUCACUCACACCUUUAUUUAACGUCAUAUGAGGCCACAUAGAACAAAGAGGAAUGGAAAUGUAAAGAAAACUCCAUAAGGAAACACAGAGCCCUGAGCUACCAAUAAAAGGUUAAUUCAUUAUUAGAACUCGAAGAAUAUAAUAUUUGGUGAAGUAUCAUAUCUUUUGGGUUUUGCCAUUGGACCUUUUUUCAUUUCAUGUCAAAUUUUAGGUUGAAAUUUUAAUGUGUUUUGGUGUACCCAAAAUAGGGUGUAAUAAUCUUCAUCUUUCAUUGAAAGAGACCAUCAUCAUCCUUGAGUUUGAUAUAUUAGCUUCAUGAUAAGCCUUGAAACAGAGCCUUUUGCCCUCUUUUACUCAAGUCUGGGUCUUUAUAACUCCUAAGUUUGUUCUAUUUUGGCGUUUGCUCUAUUUUUAUCCCUAAAUUUUAUUUAAGUUUGUUUUGUUGGGUUAUUUUUUCGAUCUUAUAUCUACUUGUUCAAUGAACAUCUCUAAUCUGUAUGACUUGAAUCUGUAUGGCUCGAAAUCAUGUUCAAUUCAAGGACUAAAUUGAACAUUUCGAAAGUUCCACAUUGGGUAAUAUAAGAUAUCUUAGUUUUUCUAAAAAGUCGUAGGCUCCGCAUAUUUCCGUGGUUAAAACAUGUCUACUAUAAGAAGUAGAA